AUGCCUCAAGGAGUGUACAGGGAGCUGUGUCUGCAGGUCAUCAAACACAAGCAUGAAUGUGAAGUGCAAGGAGCGAGGCAGCACCUGGAGAGUGAGCGAACGCUGCUGUUUGACGCCAUGAAGGGCGAGCUACUGGAAAAGAUAAGGAGGCUGGAGGAGGACAGGCAGAAUAUAGACCUCACCUCAGAGUGGAGCGAUGAGCUGAGGGGCAAGAAGUGCAAAAGAAAGAACCUGCUGGGUCGAUCUGAGAAGAAAAAGAAAGUAGCUUUGGUUUCAGGGCCUUUCAUCGUCUACAUGCUGAGAGACAUCGACAUCCUUGAAGACUGGACUGCUAUCAAGAAGGCGAAAGCAGCUCUGUCGCCACUAAAAAAGAAAGUUGAAAAGCGGUGAUGAAAGGCGGAUCUGUGCAACAGCGACACCAAACUUAACACACACUCACGUUCCCAGCUAUUUCCAGUUCAGGUUUUGUCUCGUUGAAGCCCAGCAGACUGUUGAGUUGUUUUUCUGCGCUUUUGAUCCCACCUGCCUACCACCCUACUGCUUGUUUGUUAUCUAUUGCUAUUUAAAAGACUUUCUUAACGAUAUGACAACCAUGUAUUUAUAGAAUGAUUUAUAAUGCUGAUUGAAAAUCUAAUCUUUUAGCACACAA